UUUAUUUAGCGACUGAAUCCUCAGGACACUUACUGUGGCCUCCAUUCGCUCUGCUACACACAGUUGGAAUCUCUUGGUUAUCGUCUGAAGGUGUGAGAACAAAUUUAGAAGGCAGAGUUUUGAGGAACUUAAAGAAAACCUUCUUUACUCUGUUAUACAGGUACCUGAGCAGAGUGUCAGUAGUCAAGACCGACAGACCCAGGGUCACAGCAGCAAUGGCCUCAUCAGUCCUGGUGAUGAUCAAGGAGGAGGUGACCUGUCCUAUCUGCCUGGAGCUCCUGAAGGAACCUGUGAGUGCCGAUUGUGACCACAGCUUCUGCAGAGCCUGCAUCACACUGAACUAUGAGGCUAGCAAAGUCAAAGAAGGGGAGGGCAUCUGCCCUGUGUGCCGAGUUACUUACCUGUUUGGGAAUCUGAGACCUAAUCGACAUGUGGCCAACAUAGUGGAGAGGCUCAAGGGGGUCACGUCCUGCCCAGAGGAGGAGCAGAAGGUUCAUGUCUGUGUACAACAUGGAGAGAAACUCCAGCUCUUCUGUGAGAAUGACAUGGUGGCCAUCUGCUGGCUUUGUGAGAGAUCUCAGGAUCACCGUGGUCACCAAACAGCUCUCAUUGAAGAGGUGACCUACAAAUAUGAGGGGAAGCUCCAGGCUGUUCUGCAGACACAGAUGGCAAAUGAGAAAAGAUGUGAUGAAUGGGAAGAUUAUCUUCAAAAGGAGAAAACAUACUGGGAGGCCCAAAUACACAGUGAGGAAGAAAACAUUCAGAUGGCAUUCGAAGGACUGCAAGAAUUCCUGGACUCGGAGAAGAAGAGUGAGCUGCAGAAGCUGAUGCAGGAGAAGGAAGGCAUCAUGAACAGCCUGGCAGAGUCUCAAACUGAGCUGGAGAAGCAGAGGGAGGCAGUGAGAGACCUCAUCUCAGAUGUGGAGCAUCAGUUGCAGUGCUCAACCUUUGAAAUGCUGCAGGAAAAGAAGUUAAUGUAAAGAGCAAUGUGUGUCUCUUAAUUUGACAAACCUUUGAAACAAAGAUCCCAUCACAAAUGGUAAUUUCUCCAGGAAUCUCACACUGGGAAAUGGAAAACAACUCUAGCCUGAGGGAGAGCUGGCCACCUAAAGGUUUCAAGCAGUGUUAAUUACUUGCCAGACCACCACAAGUCUGUAACCCAGGUAACUAUGGGAAAAUGAUGGACAGGACCACACCUUGAACUGGACUGCUGAGAUGUGUAUUUAUUUUGUUCUCUAUUUAAACUUUGAAGUCUCUUAGGGAAACUGAAGAUGGACAGAAGGGGUUCUUAAAAUUUCUUUUCUCAUCUUCCAAAUGUGGCCACAUUAGUAAAUAUUCUUUUUCUGUUUUCCAAUAUUAACUUGGCUCUGUUAUAUGGGAUAGAUAUAAGAUUGACCCACCAGAUCCACUUUGGUAUGUUAAAUAGCCAUGUCAGUUAGCCAUUUGUCCUGGGUUUGAGACCUAACACUAUACAAAUGUUCUCUGAAGUUUGGAUUCCAUAGGAUUUAACUAAAGUUACAUUCUUAAGAAAUGUGACCUUUCUCCUUACAGCUAACAAUUACCAGGAGCCCCUUGGGGGUGGUUGUACUUCCUAAGAAAGUUCAUUUUCCAUAGUGGAAUUUAGUGUGGUUUAGGCUUGCACAGUUCUUGGGUUUGGUGUCACAACCAGUAUUAGUUUAAAUGUGCUGCUGCUAAGCUGUGUCCAGAAGACACUGUUUUCUUUGUAGCCCUUCAUCAUCAAUGGCUCCUACACUUCUUUUUUCUUCCCUAUCUUCUGCAAUGAUCCCUAGGCCUUCAAAUUAGAGAUGGGUUAUAUAAAUUCCAUUUAAGCCUGGAUGUUUUGUAGUCUCUUAUACUCUCUACCUUGGCCAGUUGGGGAUUCCACUAUGUAACUCUGUUGGCCUGGAAAUCACUUACAGACAAGGCUAGCUUUGAACCAAUGUAUAUUCAUUUACUUCUGCACUCCAAGUGCUGGGAUUAAAGGAGUGAGCCAGCACACCUGGCUGUAAGUUGGGAAGCUUAUGCAUCAUUUUCAUUGUUAUGUACUUCUCAUAUAUUUGUUUCUUAGUAUGAGAAGCUCUCAAGCCCGGGGAUCACAGGCAGUAGAUACUUGGCUACACACUGAUUUAUUUUUUAUAACAUGAAUAAGCAACAGUAGAUCCCAAAGGAAAAAGAAUUCUGGGGAGCACUGAUCAUUCAAGUUAUAGGUGAAUUCUGAUGCUCAAACUUGUCCUCAUAGAGAGGUGCAUGACUAUGUCCACUGCGUCCUUAUCAUAAUGUAUUAAAUAGAGACAACAGGAGAACUAAUCAACAGAGGAAUGGAUAAAAAUGAUAUGAUAAGCAUAUAUGUUAAAAUAUUAGAUAUUCAAAGCAAAAAUUAUUGCCGUUUGUGGCAUCUUGGCUAUACUCAGAGAAUUUAUGUUAUACUAAACCAGCUGGGCACAGAAAACAACAACCUUAAGUGUUACUGUUUAAAUAUGUCUCAUGUACAAAAAUUGAUCUCCCAAAGAUUUGAAUGUGUGAUAUCAGGGGCUGGAGACAGAGAAUGGUGGGCAGAUUCUUUGGUCACGAGAUAUAAUUUCAUGCUUGUAGAGUAUGAUGGCUGUAGUUAGUAUCUACAUGAACUAGCUUAGGUUAGUCUGUAUCUAUAAUUCCAUCAAAUAUACAUGACGAAUGAGUGUUCUCAAUAAUAAUUAAAACAACAAAAUGGAAGCCAAUAAAUUAAUGCAGUUUGAAAA